AUGUCGAAGUCUGUGAAUCGACGUCGAAGCGCUCCAGGUAGCCUUAAGCUUCGACGUUUAACUCAAGCCUACCUCACACCAUUCCAGCAGGUGAAACCGGAAUACGGUACAACUGAGUCGAAACUCGAUCACAUCUACGAGAUCACACAGGACUUGAUACUAAACUUUCAAAGCGUCACAAGCGGUUUAUUUCCUCGAUACUCGAAGGAUUGCGACGCCGGUUAUGUCAAGGACAGCAUCUACUGUGCGCUUGCUAGUUGGGCUUGCUCGAUCGCAUACAAGCGCUUAGAUGAUGAACGUGGUCGACACACUGAACUUCGGCAAACUGCAGUGAAGACGAUGCGUGGAAUCUUGUUUUGCUGGAUGCAACAGAGUGACACUUUGGAUGCAUUUAAAACAAACAACACCGCUGAGCAUGCUCUGCAUGCUCGAUUUGACCUGCAGACUGGAAUGGUUCUGAAUCGCCCGCAUGAAGCGCAAUACGGUCAUAUGCAGAUGGACUUGGUGGCUCUUUAUCUGCUAGCGCUUGUUCAAAUUAUCGCAAGCGGAGGAAAGGUCAUUUAUACCCAUCACGAGGUCAAUUUCGUGCAAAACCUUGUGUUUUACAUAGAACGAACAUACCGGACUCCUGACUUUGGCAUGUGGGAGCGGGGCACUCGGUAUAAUAAUGGAGUUCCUGAACUUCAUGCUAGCAGCAUCGGUAUGGUAAAGGCAGCACUGGAAGCUAUUAAUGGAUUCAACCUGUAUGGACGAACCGGUAAUAGUGCUUCGGUGAUUUACGUGGAUAUCGAUGGGCAUAAUAGAAACAGAACGACCUUUGAAACCAUUUUACCGAGGGAAAGUAAUUCGAAGAACACUGACGCCGCACUUUUAAUGUCUGUCGGUUGGCCGGCUUUCGCUUCUCAUAAUGAGAGUCUUUUCGAAAAAACAGUCCAGAAAUGCGUCCGACGCUUAGAGGGCAAGUUUGGAGUUCGGAGGUUUCUUCGAGAUGGAUAUCACUGCGUACUUGAAGAUAACACCAGAAUGUAUUACGAAGAACAUGAGACAUCACAAUUUCGUGGUGUGGAGAGCCAAUUUCCUAUGUUUUUUGCGUAUAUGAGUCUUACAGCUCAUUUCCGGGGAGAUGAGGAGUCCGCAGACAAGUAUUUAGAAAAGCUCCAAAACCUUCUUGUAAACGAUGACAAUGUUACUGGAGGUAUGGUUGUACCUGAGUGCUACUGUAUUGACGAAUGUGAUAUGGACCGUGAACGUACUACACCGAACUCCACUGAAUUCUAUCCAAUUAAUCCGCAAGAAUUUGGACACCACCUUUGGAGCAACGCAGUAUAUAUAAUCUUGCUGCUUAUUCGUGGCGGCUUGAUCCAUAAAGAAGAUCUCGAUCCGAUCAAUCGUCAUUUGCCCGCGUCACGGCGACCUAUGCAGUUCAAGCGACACUCGGAAUUUCAGGGAAGCAUGGAGGGUGAACCAGUGGUUCAAAUCGCUCUUUUAGCUGAGUCAAUACCUCUGCAGAUGAAAUUGACCACAUAUGGUAUCAGUUGUCAAACACCCCACGAAGUGAAACCGAUUCAAAUUUGGCCAAGUUGGAGAAUGGUGAAGUUAUUCGAAUGUCUUGGUAGAGAUGAAAAGUUGGGUCUUAGUGGCAGACCUCCACGGCCAUUCGGACCGCUGAAUACUUCUAAGGUUUUUCGCGUAUUCGGCGACACGGUAUUAUGUUAUCCAAUUCUCUUUGAAGUAAAAGACUUCUACGUCAACUCGGAUCCAGCAGUUUUAAUUGAUGAUAUUAAGCGUGACAUCGAUUUUGUUGCACGACGGUGGAAGUUAGCUGGACGUCCAACAAUGUGUCUCUUGCUGCGGGAAGAAAAUAUCGUUGGGGAGUACUUCGACCAUAUUUUGGAUCUUCUUGUCCAGUUAAAGAACGGUCACGUCAACAGUAUCCGAGUUCGACUUGGAAGAGUUCAUCAACUACUGAACACAAGUUGUAUCGAGCACAUUGACUUUGUUUCGUCGGACGAGGUGGAAUUUGAUAUUGACGUUCUGGAAGAGACAAAUGGCAAAAGCCAGAUUUUGUCGAGGCUUAGUCUUGGUGAUGGGAUAGAUGAUGAAGCUACAGACAUCAAAGAGAUACAAAAACUUUCGGAUCAGGAGCUAUGUGAAAUUAUACGAAGAGAUGACGUUGAUCGACCUCGACAGUUGGCUUUUGCAUUGGCCACCAUUUGGUCUAGGCAUUCCAUUCGUGAGCGCAUGGAACGUCUUUAUCGUACAGUGUGUCAGUUGCGCAUUUGGUGGUUAGUGCGUUAUUGCGCUGGUCAUUUGCACAAAGUGAUCAACAGUCUCGCACCUGCUAUCACAAAUAUGUUGGUUCGAGGGAAGCAGGUUACACUCGGAGUUCGUUAUGUACGCGAAGUAGUACUGCGACGACCAAUCGCACCAAAUGAACUAGUGGACUUACUAUUCACAUGUUGUCCCCAAAAUGAACCACAAGUUGCCGUUAUGCAUCAAGAGUUGAUCAUUGCGUGCUCUGAUCUUAUGUGUCACUCUCCAUCAGCAUUUGAUGGAGUACUCACUAUUCGACUUUCGUGGCUAGCGGACGCUAUCACACUUCUGCUGAACUACGUUCGAACCAGUGGUUCUGGGACCAUUGGUAGUAAAACAGCAACUCCUGCUACACCAAGCACUACUGGUAUUCCAGCAGGUUUGUUUCUUUCCUCUGUUUCUAAAUUUUCAGAGUUCAAUAAAAGCUGUAUCUACGAUUUGUCUCCAACAAUCGUCAAGGAUGUUGUGACGGCACUCAUGACAAGAAAAAAUUGGCAUCUGCUGUCCCCAUUACAAACACGUCGUUUGAAUGGUGCUCUGAAUCGAAUGCCAGCCAACUUUUACGAUCGUGUAUGGACGAUCUUAGAAAGGUCCAAGGAUGGGAUAGUGAUCGCAUCAGAGUUCCUUCCACAGCAGCCUACUCUGAGCGAUAUGACGGAGUUUGAGUUGACAUUUGCAUACAAAAUUGAAGGAAUGCUUAGCCGAAUCGCUCACCCUGAGUAUCGCCAACUACUGGUUGAGAUGAUCAAAAAGGCCUUCUACUUAUACGCUGAUCAGCAGAAAAUCGCGAAUAGAGAGGAUCUGACUCCAUUCUACCAACUCGAAAACCUGUCAUUACAAACGUCAACGGCCACAUACUUAACCAGGGUAGGUCUUUGUUUUAGCGUUUCACUCAAGUUUUCUCCGUUAUUAAAUUACGAUUUUCACUUGGGAGGUGGUACAAGUUCGACUGUAGCAGACUCAGCGUAA